AAGUGGAAGAGGAGAUGGAGAACACAGAACUACAGGAGCUAUCAGAGAAUGAGCGGCACCAGCUGAAGCACCGGGAACUCUUCCUGUCACGGCAGCUAGAAUCUUUACCAGCAACCCACAUCAGGGGUAAGUGCAGUGUUACGCUGCUAAACGAAACAGAAUUACUUCUAUCCUACCUGGAACGUGAGGACACUUUUUUUUAUUCGCUUGUCUAUGAUCCACAACUGAAAACCCUUUUGGCAGAUAAGGGCGAAAUCCGCGUUGGUCCCCAAUACCAGGCAGACAUUACAGACCUACUGAAAGAAGGAGAGGAGGAUGGAAGAGAUCAGUCCAAAAUGGAAGCCAAAAUCUGGGAUGGUGACACCCCACUGACAGACAAACAGAUUGACCAGUUCUUAGUAGUCGCUCGGUCUGUAGGUACAUUUGCCCGUGCUUUAGACUGCAGUAGUUCAGUGAGACAGCCUAGUUUGCACAUGAGUGCAGCAGCUGCCUCCAGGGAUAUCACCCAGUUUCACGCCAUGGACACCUUGUACAAAAGCACCUAUGAGGUUUCGCAGGCCAUCUCUGCGCUAGUUCCACAGGGUGGGCCGGUGCUUUGCCGAGACGAAAUGGAAGAGUGGUCUGCUUCAGAGGCCAACCUAUUUGAGGAAGCGCUGGAGAAGUAUGGGAAGGACUUUGAAGACAUCCAACAGGAUUUUUUGCCCUGGAAGUCAUUAACCAGCAUCGUAGAGUAUUAUUACAUGUGGAAAACGACUGACCGAUAUGUCCAACAGAAACGGUUGAAAGCAGCUGAAGCAGAAAGCAAACUGAAGCAAGUGUACAUUCCUAACUAUAAUAAGCCAAACCCAAACCAGAUCAAUGGAAGCAGCUCAAAGACAGGAACAAUGAAUGGAGGGAGUGCACUGGCACCAAACGGGGCAGUGGCAGUGCCAGGACCGGGUCGAGCUUGCGAGAGCUGUUUCACUAACCAGUCAUAUCAGUGGUACUCAUGGGGCCCACCCAACAUGCAAUGCCGGCUCUGUGCAGCCUGCUGGGCCUAUUGGAAGAAGUACGGUGGCCUGAAGAUGCCAACCCGGCUAGAUGGCGAAAGGCCUGGACCAAACCGGAAUAACCUGAAUGCCCAGGGUCUGCCGGUAAGGAACAGCAGUAGCCCCAAGUUCGCACUGAAGACACGGCAGGCCUUUUAUCUGCAUACAAACAAACUGACAAGAACGGCCAGGCAUCUAUGUCAAGACAUUUUGCAACAGGCAGCACGGCACCCCCAUGUGCCGAUUAACAUCACAGCCAUCAAGACAGAGUAUACACUGCGAUUACCCACAGUAUCAACACAGACCACAGGAUUGAAACGAGCAGCUAGGAAACCCUUGGAAACAAUUGUGGAGUACCUAGAAGCCCAUCCGUGCCCGAAGCAAGACCGACCCAAUGUCAGUUUGCGCAUCAGCAACGUGACACCUGCCAAGCUGAUGCCUAUUUUAAAUCACAGUUCUCCAACCAUCCUGGGCAAGCGUAGCUACGAACAACACAAUGGCAUAGAUGGCAACACAAAGAAACGUCUUCUGAUGCCUUGUAGGGGUCUGUCGGACCAUGCCCAAGGGAGUCAGCUGGGACCUGCUCGAAACUCUAUGGUCAAUGGGAGAUCUUACCCAGCCAGUGUCAGAGCUCCACGAGCAGGCUCGGUGCCACCAGUGAAGCAUAGGCGGUUAAAUUGGAUCGAUGCCCCAGGCGACGUCUUUUUCAUGGCAACUGAUGAAACCAGGAAGAUCCGCAAGUUACUUUCUUCCUUUGAGAGGAGACGGAGUGGGAGAAGGCCCCAAGCUCAGAUUGCCAUUGAACAGUGCCAACCAGACCCAGCAAAAGAACCAAGGUCUCCCCUCAGUGAUGAGCCCAUUGUGAUUGAAGAUUAAGGAAAAAAGUCAACAUCAUUCAUCUGCUUGUAUUUCACCCUGACAGUGUUGGCUUCGCCCAGAGGAAAGGGAACUGUAUUUGUUUUCUUCUGAAAAAAAAUUUAUAAAGUAUCUUUGUAGCAGUGCUCUCAUCUGAAACUGAGACAUCAGUUAUUAGUUGGUUAUCUGCCCUUCCUAUCAUUUGUUUUCUGUCAUUGGACUUACAGAAGGAAAAAUUUAUGUUGAUAAAAAAUCCACAACCUCAGGAUGUCUCAAAGUGUUUUACAGCCGAUGAAGUAACUCUUGAAGUGUAGUCACUGUUGUCUGUAUGGAAGUGUGGCAAUCAAAUUGCGGACAGGUCCCACAAAGCAAAAUGAAAUGAAUAGACAGAUGUUCAGUUUUAAGGAUAUUGGUUGAGGGAUAAAUGUUGGCCAGUCUGGAAAGAAUUCUCAGUACCUGUUCACCAGCUCUAAAGUCAAUUUAAAUUAUUAAGGUAUAAGACAGAAAGCAAAAUUUUAUUUUCAGAUUUGGUCUAGUGAAGAUCAGAACUUGAGUCCAAAUGGAUAUCUUAUGGUUCUGAGGUGAGCCGUUCUAAUCCGUCACACUGUGUUUUUAGUUUUCAUUAUGAAGUUUUGCAUUCUUGAAAAUGUCAGCUGCUCAAAGCUUUCUGCUUCAUUCAAAAGGGAAAGCCAAGAAUUUAUUUCCUCCUUUCCUCCCCACUGAUGGUGCCUUGCAGUUCUAGGGUGCACUGCCCAAAGUCACCUGCUGCAUUUCCAUAUCCCUCUUUCACAUCACAAUUGAGGUGCAAUGAAGGGUCCUACCUGAGACAGCAACACACUUUCCUGUUCCACACAGUGAUUGACUUGGCUAUUUUCAACAUUAGUGGUGGGGAAUUGGUAUUUAAAGCUCUCAUUUUGACCCCUUCUUCCAAAAGUCCUAAUCUCUUCAUGAUAUAUAGUUCUGCAGAAGCCAGCACCUCUUGAGUGUCUCACACAAAUGACCUGUGUGUUUGGUUAAUGAAUGGUAGCUGACUGUCUGACCAUGGGGCGAAUCAUAACUCAACCUGAUCCUAUCUUGACCUGACACUCAAGUACUUUCACUUUCUCACAGGGUAGUGAACAACAUAAGGAAGACAGGCUGGUAAUUUUCCAGAUCACAGUCUGGGACUUAGCAGUAGCUGUCCUCUGAAAUUAAAGCACACUAGGAAUUUAAACCUGUGUUAAAAAAUAUCUACAUAAUCCCAAGAUAUUUGUUGAGUGAGUGAUAGUACAGAGAAAUGGAGGCAGGUGGAGUUUUAACAAAAAAAGUCAUUUCCGUUCUCUUUCUCAUGGUCAAAUUUAGUUCUCUUCUAUCUAUAUGUUUCUUCUCUGUUCACCUGCCUGCAUUAUACAGAUGUUCUCGAUCGUAGUUCCCAGAUCAGGUCCAGUGCAGCCUCAAUGUGAGAGUCAGACCGGAAGAAGCGAUUUUAUUCUGCAUUGCUUUCUCACCCUGUUCAAAAAGCUCUGCAUAUACUAACUUUCCCUCUUGUUGGCUAGAUUUAAUUUACCUCUUCCCUUCUCAGUGAGUUAAUGACCUCAUUUGAUCUUUUAAAUCCUAAACCUCAUCCCUAACCUUUCCCUGGAUCAGAGGGUGGUUAUGAACUGGAACAUGAGAAGAACAGGAUGGAAGUGUAUCUGAAUGCUGCCACCUUCUCAUCUCCACCAGAAUUAACUUCUGGGCAAGAAGACCCAUGGUCAAUCUUGUGUUCUGCUGCCAUUUGAGGCCCCUAGGUGACCAGUUAAUGAUUACUGAAGGCCCUCAUCUGCAAGCACAGGGAUUAACCCAACUGCAGGCAGGCCUCCUGCCAGGUAGCAUGUGCAGCAAGCUAUAAUUGUGUGGCCAACUAGUUCCAUCUGGAGGCAGGACUUUCCCCUUAAUCAGAUGCAUUCAGUGCCUGAUCAAGGAAUUGGACACUGAGAAGAUGGGUCCCAAUGACAUCCAUCCCCUGUCUUUGCUGUUGAACUCUCUGCACCCUUUUCCUAAAUCGUCUUUCCCUUACCCCUCUUUGUCCUUGGUUGCUUACAAUCCUGGGUGCUCUGGAACCUGUUCUUCCUGUAGCAGUCACAGCCUCCCCAGUAGUGCUGCUGGCUUACAGCUCUCAGUAAGUGAAACUCCCAUCCCUGGGAACUUGGUUCCCAGAAUAAGACCUGUCACUGGCCUCCUCACUGGCUGAGUGGCUUGUGGUUGAGAGGGCCACCUUGAAAAGAGGCAGUGCUCUCACAGUGCCUCCCCAGCCAGUCGGCAGGAUACCCAAUCCAUCAACAAGAUGCUCUGCUCUUUAUCUCCAACAACAUGGUUGCUUGUAAAAAGAUCCUGAAAAUUUGACAGAGCUCAGCAGUACUCUACAGUGACUCCCAACUAGCCAAGUGUCUUUAUACUUUGAGGAUGGAGUUUUUUUAAAAAAAAGUCUUUUUUUUAAAAGAAGUUUUUUCUGUUUGAAUGCAACAAACUGACUGCAUAACUUCCUGUUUGUGAAUAAAGAUGGAGUUUAUGUUAA